AAUGCGUUCCUUUAUUGUCUUGUGUUUGGUGGCUGUUGCCUGUGCCGAUAAAUUGGGUUAUAACUAUCAACCAGUUGGCCACUCCUCCUCCGGAUUAUCAUUCACUCCUGGAGCCUCUGAUGGUUCUGCCAGUAACGUAGUUCCCAGCUAUGAUGGCGGUGUUGGCUCAUACGAAGGCCAAGGUUCCAGCAGCGCUCCUUCUUUCGCCCCACAAGCUGAACUCGAAAAGGAAUUCUACACUUUCUCUGCCAACGAUGAAGAUUUCAAUGAACCCGCCAACUCCGAACAAUUGGCUAACUCCUUGAAGAAGGGUCUCCGUGUUGUCUUCAUUAAGGGUCCCGAAAACAAUGGUUUGGAAGAAGCUGCCUUGGCUUUGGCCAAACAAGCUGCCCAACAACAAACUGCCAUCUAUGUGCUCAACAAACAAGCUGAUCUCAACGAUUUGGCUAACAAAUUGAACAACAUCAACACCGGUAACAACAACAAACCCGAAGUUCACUUUGUCAAAUAUCGUACUCCUGAAGAUGCUGCCAACGCUCAACGUGCUAUCCAAGACCAAUACGAUGCUUUGGGUGGUCCAUCUCACAACAUUAAUGGUGGUGUUGCUCCAGUCAUCAACUUUGCUUCUCAAGCUCCAGUUGCUGAUGCUCCCGCUGCUUCUGCACCUGGUGCUAGCUACUUGCCUGCUUCUAUUUUCCGUCAUUAA